AUGACAUUGACCGUCGCGCUCGCCCUGUUGUUGGCAGCCGGGUGCACAAGCUUUGCUUCCGGGAAAGUGGUCGUCAUCCCCCACAGGCCCAACUACGAGUUCAUCAACGACGCCGACACCAUACCCAUCAACCCCGUCGCUGGGCAGCCGUUGUCGAUCUUGGUCCGGAUCCGCAACCGCGCUGACACCAAUGUCAUUUCGCCAGCCACCAACCUCACCAUACUUGUUUACGGCUCCUCAGGCACAGGCACGACCCUGCCUUGCGGCGCAGUGGGCAAUGUGACCGUCAAAAUUCCCAAGAUCAGGGGCGGCAAGGUCUACAAGAAGCUCUUCAAGGACCUCCUCACGGCGCCGCUGCUGACGGCGCCGGCGACGCGGGCGACGCGCAGCCUCCGCAUGUUUGUGGACUCCAAUUGUGCUGUGAACGAGACGCGGGAGGACGACAACCAGAGGACGGUAUCUUUUGUGGUGACCGCCGUGCCGACACCUGAUUUGAGGGUCCGCUUUGCCUGGGCGGCCGGCGCCGGCCCGCGCGGCGUACUGUUCAAUAAGACAUUCACUUUCAAGGUGGUGGUGUACAACGGCGGAAGCCUUGAAGCCAAGAUUGGCACAGUCAGGGCCUGGGCAAAUCGCGCUAGCACCCCUGGCUGCGCGCAGAUUGCAGAUCUGAUCAUCCUGUCAGACACAGUUUUGAAGCCUGGCAAGAACAAGACACUUACACUGAAAGAUCUGAAGCCGCCCACGACUCUGGGAUGGGCAACCCUCAAAGUCCUGGUUGAUGCAGAGUGCGCCACCCAGGAGAUCAGCGAGAGCAACCAAGUCGCCAGCCACCAGUACAGGGUGGUCAGCGAGCCCCUCCCAGAGUUCCAGCUCAUCAAUCACGCCCUGAUCGGCGGCCUGCAGCCCAGCAACAGGGUAGACUUUGUGCUGUACUUCAUCAACUCGGGCAUGCUGCCGGGCGUCAUCAACACGGUCUCGCUCCUGCAGAACUCCAAGGGCGUCCAGACGCCGCUGUCGUGCGCGAGCGCGGCGGCGCCGGGCGCGGGCUGGGUGUCGCUGCCGCCAUUCACGAAGAAGCUGCGGGUCGGGGGCAUCCUGAAGGUCACGUUUUUGAACGUCACGCUGCCAUCAACAGAGGACGCGUCGUACAACACCCUCGUGAUCCCCGACAGCGGCUGCCUGACGCCCGAGCUGAGCGAGGGCUUCCUGAGCCAGCGCGGCUCCAGCGACACGGUGGACGCGUUCAAGAUCUCGUACACUGUGAACGAGGGCGACCCCUGA